GAGCCCGAGUCCAUCUUGGAGUACUUCCGUCUUUAUUUCCCAAAGUGCAGGGUUACAGACUUGCAGUGCAGUAACAUUAACCGCGGGCUGGGUCUACUCAUUCGCUAACCGCCAUGGCAGAGAAGAACGACCUGGUCGCCGGUUCGUGUCGCAAAGACCAAUCAUCAACUCCGUCCUCUUCCACCCGCAGCAAUCCUUCAGCACCUCACCGUGACGGCCUCUACGACUCGUUAGUUCAUGAAAUUAGAAUGCCACCACAAAACCCCAAGAAAGCCAAGACAUCAAACCAAUCUGAUCAUCCACCUUAUUUAUCCACCCUUCCUGACGAAAUAAUCGCGGAAAUCCUCUCUUGGUUACCAGUCAAAUCUCUAAUUCGAUUCAGGUGCGUUUGCAAAUCAUUCAAAGCUCUGUUUUCGGACCCCCAGUUUAUAAAAACCCACCUCAGAAAAAUCACGUCUUCAUCAGAAAGCAAACCAAAUCACUAUGAGAAAAUUGUUUUAACCUGUGUUCGUCCUCCAUAUACUCUCGUCAAAUCUUGCUCCCUGUACUCGAUUUAUAACGAAUCACAAACUGAUGCUGUUGAGCUCGAUCAUUUCUCAUUAAGGGAUAAAUAUCAUUAUACUUGGCUUGUUGGGUCUUGUGACGGAUUACUGUGUAUGGCUGCCUAUAACACUGCCGAGCAAAAUUAUGUGGCUUUAUGGAAUCCAUCUACAAGGGUGGUUUAUAGAUUGCCUGGUUUAGGGUUUGGAAAUAAGUCAGAGGGCUAUACUUGUUUUGGGUUUGGUUAUGACAGUAAUAUAUGUGAUUAUAAGGUGGUGGCUGUGUUCUGCUUUCGAAACUGGGGUGAUAGUGAACAUAAAACUAGAGUUAAAAUUUGCACCUUGGGGACCAAAUCUUGGAGGAGGAUUGAGGAUUUCGGAUAUGGGGUUCCUUAUGAUGUCUCAGGAAAGUAUGUCAAUGGGAGUCUUAGUUGGCCAGCGAUGUGUGAAAGAGAUUCUAGAUUAGCGUGGAUUAUUGUUUCCCUUGAUUUAGCUAAGGAGACGUAUAAGGAAAUUUUGCAACCUGAUUAUGGGGAGGAUGAUUAUGAUAGUAUAAGUUUGGGGGUUGUGAACGGAUGUCUUUGUAUGAUGUGUGAUAUUGCAGACUCUGCUGAUUUAUGGGUCAUGAAGGAUUUUGGAGUGAGACAGUCUUGGACCAAGUUGCUAAGCAUACCAUAUUUGGAUGAUCCUGGGGUGAUGCAGUAUUCAAUUCCAUACUACAUAGCAGAUAAUGGUGAAGUUCUGAUGGAGGGUAAAGACGUUUUACUUAUUUACAAUCCUAAAGAUGGCACAUUUAGGUAUUCUGUGAUCAAUGGUGCUCGCCGGUUGGUUGAAGCAGAACUUUACAUUGAGACCCUGGUUUCACCCUAAGUUGAGAAUUCUCAUUUCGAGAGGACAGAAAUGUUUGCGAACACUGAAAAGUAGACUGGAAACGCUUUUCUGAUGCGUAGCUUUUACUGUCUAAUGCAUUUUCCUUUUUCCUUUUUCUCA